CAAGAAUGAAAGUCUGGGUUUCGGAUUCGACAUCUCAUUACCCUCAGGUCACGACCUUCCUGGAAGUACCACCGGCAACCGAACCAUCGUGAUUCCUGUCUCAUUGCUUCGCAUGAAUGUCGGAAGAUGGAGCCGAUUGUACAUGGUGUAUUUGGGCGAGCAUAGGAUCAUGCACUUUGAGCAGGACUCGAAAGCUCACUCAUGGAGGCGUGAAAAUCCAGCGCCGUAGCCAACACGCCAAGGUCUUGUUUUACAGUAGGAACCUUCCGACAGAAUUCUUACUAUGGGACUCCAACGAUGAGUUUUCGCUUGGUCGAGUCCAAAUUGGCUUUCCCUCAGCAGACUGUUGUGUCGCCUUUCUGGAUGCUGUUGCCCAGAUAGAUCCCGAUCAUGAAGUUGAAGAAAUGAGCAAAGAACAACUCCGACCUGUUCUCGAAAGCUCAGAGCGUUUCUUCAGUCCAGCAUAGAACAGAUGAUGGUAGGGUCGAGUUUCCAGCUCAUUUUCGUCGGUGCGCCAUGGGAAAGCACGUCCAACUUCGCUAUAUCUUUUCCGCAGACAUC